AAACUUUCUCCAGAGAAACUUCGACGGUACUUGAUAUGACAAGACGUCCGUCGAUGGCCUGUGUGAAUGCAGCCAUUGGAAAGACUUCGUGGAAUGUUUCCGCGUCUUUCUUGCGUAUAUUUCUUAUUAUAAGCGACAAUUCCAGCCUGCACUUCACUUCUCAGAGUAGUCAAUGAUGCCUGAAUAACCAUAAAUUCCAACUUAAAGUUGUUUUUAACGUAGGCGAAACAAAAAAGCUCACGCGGGUCGCACACGUAUUUGCCACCCAUUCCUGAUAACCAUCAGCCGUAUGUAUGCACGAAUCGCAUGCGAUGCAUCAGAUUGCCUUAAGGCAUCUUCGCACUGAAAACCAACCCCAGCAAACUCGCUUGUCAACUGUUUUCAGCUCGGAGUUUGAUUUAGUUCUUACCUGCUGUCAACAGUUGUUUGAAGUUGCAAGUUUGAACAAGUAGUUGAGGGAAGAUUUGUCUAGAGUUGAAUGAGCCAAACAUGGCAGAGUUGUGUGAUGUGCGCAUGCGCAUUUGCCAUGUCGUCUGCUGUAUUUCUUUCUUCGUCAGCAGUGUUUCUUUCGACAAUAGCGAGUAACGUGUGGUCAACAGAUCAAACAACUCAGUUUUUGAUAGAAUUGAAAUGGAGAAACCUCUGGGAUCCUUCUGAUUCUGCGUAUAAAGACAGAUAUGAAAAGAAAGAUUUACCGAAAGAAAUUUCAGAUAAGUUGGUGUAUCGCUUGAAGAGUGUGAAAGGAAAUGGACAUAUAUGAAAACACGGUACAAUCUGAACAUUGUAAAAUGGUCAAAACUGAAAGUGGGCCUGAGACAACUGAAAUCUAUAUUCUCAAAUGGAUAUUUUACGAGCGUAUGAAGAUUUUGGAGGACGUGAACAAACGAGGGAGAAAAAUAUUUACAAUAGUAAAUAAAAUGUCAUUCACUAGCGUAACUGAAGCUGGAAGGUUUUUAGUCGGAAACUUUUUUUUCCUGUGUUGCCUCCCUUUCUCUGGAGACAUUUAUUUUGCAGAGACAUUCUCCAACUCCCAUCUGAAUCCUGCCUGUUUCUGGAUCUUCCAUAUCAAACUGCCAAGUUGAUUCAUCAGAAGCAUUUAAUGUACCCCACUUAGCCACCACUGAAGAGGGUAAUGAUGAUAACGAUGAUGGGUCAGAUGAAGUUUUAAUCAACACCACUGUAUUCCAAUCUACAAGCUUUAAUGAAGAAAUACCGUCUUUUACAACAAAAACUUGCAACAAAAACUUUCUGGACCACAAAAUCUCUUGUUAGGUUGAUUUUCGUGGCAAUUACACCAAGAAUUGUAGCACAAAUUGCUAAUGCAACUUCAGUCAGAAUCCAUUUCCGUUGCUUUUCUCUAAAAUCGAAACACCGAAUGUGUGUUUGCAAGAAUUUAAAACUUGUCAACAUUUUUCAACAGUUGUUUGCGAGACCCACAACAGUUGCAGAUCUGCCACUCUUACAAGAGUUGUAGCCCAUGGUUUUUGUUUGUUAUCGAUGUGAAAAAGCCUUUUAUUUCCACGUGAUCAGCUACGGAUCACUGCGAUUUUACCGCAAACGUGCUAUCUACGAAGCGACUGGUCGCCCUUGGAACACGCAUGCGAAAGAUCGCUGCGAUCGGUCGCUCGUGUGUGAGAGACCCAAGGAGGUUAGAAUCUGAGGAUGACGACCAAGAAGCCCCUUGGAAGACGCCGUAAACUUGAAGCCAGCACCGCCAUUUGUUUGCGCUCAAAACAUUGCCAGUAGCGUGUUUGUAUUGAUGUGUUGUUCAUCGAAAUAUUGACGUAAACGUGGGAAAAAUGGUUACAUGUGUUGCGUCCGGAUGCACAAACAGAAGCGGAAAAUCAGCUGUUACUUUCCACAGUUUCCCGAAGGACAGCGCAAGGAAAAGUUUAUGGAUCAAGGCAUUGCGACGAAUAGACUGGAAACCAACAAAACAUAGUAGAAUAUGUUCACUCCACUUCCGAGAAGUAGACAUUGAUCGAACGUCUUUAUCAAAUGUUCGCAUUAGAUGCGGCGCCGUGCCAUGUAUUUUUUCAUCCUUUCCGUCAUACAUGCAGAAUGCUGUGAAACAGAGAUGUAUUUUGCAGAAACCAUCACAAGAAAUCAUCAUACCUGUGAAACGUGAUGGGAUGAAUGAACUGUCAUCAAGUUCUCAGGAGUAUACCAUAAUUGAAUACAUUUGCACUGGUGAGUGUAUUGGUGAGUUGGAUUAUGACAGAAAGAAGAGCCACUGCCAGCAGAAAAUGAUGAAUGUGACUACAGAAGUGAAGUGGAAUCCCAGAGGUGUAAAAGUUAUGGAACAAAAAUGGCAGAUAUGGAAAUGGACCCACUGGUAAAUGUUAAAAAAGAGGUGGAUCCAUUAGCUACUGAAGAGCAGACUGAUACCCAUCUGCCUAAAACACACCAUGUUUGGCUUCAUGAUGUGAAAUUAGAACCUAUUAAACAAGAACCAGAGUCAGAGCCUGAAGAUAGUGAAAAUAAUUAUUGCAUUAGUGAUAAUCCAUUGGAAUUACCAAUAAAAGAGGAGAGCGAAGCGAAUGACUGUGGGAGUAUUUGUUCCAAUCCGCAACAGAGGAAUAAUCCAGAUGAAGAUUUUCCACCAGAGUAUUUGUCUCUGUAUGAUAAAGUGAAAGUGGAAAUUACUGAAGACCAUAUUUCACCUACAAUAGAAGAAAAUUUACUUAAUGUUGGUACAGGUUGUCUCAGUACAGAUGGUGUUAAUGCAGAUAAAACUAAUGCAAAUAGUGUUGAUUCAGCUGAUACUGGACAAGAUCUACAACAAUGGAAGUCUGUAGUAAGUCAAGCUGACAGUUUUUCAUGUAGGGAUUGUGGUGAUAAUUUCACAAAGCCAGAGGACUUGUCAAAUCACAGGCGCAAACGUGAUGAGCCCAUUACUUGUGAACUGUGUGGUAAAAAUUUUAAAUCUGAGUGUGUUCUUGCAACACACAUUCGUAUUCAUACAGGGGAGCGCCCUUUCCAGUGCAAAAUAUGUGGAAAAACAUUUUUACGUAUAUGUUAUCUUCUGAAACAUCGGCGCAAAAGACAUGGCUGUAUUCAACCAGGUAUUCCUUGUAAGAUUUGUGGCAAAGUUUUUUCUAAUUUUGGUCUAUUGAGUGUUCAUACACGUGCACAUUAUAAUGUACCAAAGGUUCUCUCAUGUGAACAAUGUGGGAAACACUUCAGACGAACAAAAUACUUGAAUCGCCACAAGAGAUGUACUCAUAGUGUUGAAAAAUUGCGGUGUGAACUUUGUGGAGAAGUUCAGGAGACACGGACAGCAUUGAUAUCCCAUGUUGUUAAGCACACAGGUGCUUUGCCAUUCAAUUGUGCUGAGUGUGAUCAGGAAUUUUCAUCUACAUUACAGCUGGCAAGGCACAGUCGAAUCCAUAAAGGUGAACUGCCUUUUGCCUGCAGUGACUGUGAACUUUCUUUCAUGACGGGGGAACAACUGCGUUCACAUAAACGGUACCAUACGGGUGAGCGCCCAUUUUGUUGUAUCUUCUGUGGGAGAGCUUUCAGGAAUGAACCAGACCUUAUUGUUCAUGUUUAUUCACAUACAGAUCCAUAGACUGAUAUGCUUUCUGUGACAAGCUUGUUCAGUAGUGUCACUGAAUGUCAGAGCAUUACAACAUUGCUAACUAGAACUUCGAUGAAUUUAGUGGUAUGUGAUAGUGUAGAUCAUCAUCAUGACACCUUUUCAAUUUGAAUCAAAACCUGUAGUUAACUUUUUCUGAUUGAGGGCUGACUCCAUUAAAGAUUUCCAUGUCAUUGUAUGUGGUACAUUUUGUAUGUCGUGCAAAACAUGGUUCUCUUAACACUACAAAAAGGAGAAGCCCUUUUCAAAGUGCUGUGCAGUAAUAACAGUUUUUGGAUUGUGAGCUCCAAAAUAUUACCUUUUUUGUCAUUUAUGACAUACGUGUAACUUGUAUAGUGAACCACUCAAAAGCAAGGAAUAAAUUUUUUUCUGUGUGGUUUCGAUGAGAGACUGUCCUAUUUGUCACAAAAGGAAAUGUUUUUACAUCCAUACGUAUGUGCACUAUUAAGAUGAUUAAACUCUUUUAUUAGAAGUAUUGCAUUAACAUGUCAAACUUUGACACAAACUUCUACUCACUGUUUUUGCCACAGUAUAUAAGUGACAAGUACUCAUUUAUCACAGUUUUUACUAUUGAAGCAAAUCAUUCACUCCAAGUAAGUCAUUCACUAUUUACAAAGAAUUUUGUCUGUAAAGUUAACUUAAGCUAUACUGGUGCUGCUUGUUGAGACACAGAAUGUGUGGAUCAAUGUUCUUAAACUGGUGUUUACAUGAAAAAUACAUGGAUAUAGGUUGUAACAUUACCGGCGUUAAUGAUGCCCUUUGAAAGCAUUUGGAGGGGAAAAGUGAUUUAUUUCCUCUGUUCAUUGUAUGUAUACCAGUAGCAUUGUUACACGAAGUGACGUGUAAUGAAUUUAAAGUUAGGCUACUUUAAUAUUUUAAUUUUUUUCUCUGUUGUUUCCUGUAUAUAUAAAACAUUUUAAUUUGUGAAUUAGGUGCUUUUUUUUUUAAAUGAUAUACUGUAUCUGUAAGUGCUUCUGGUUGAUAGUUUGAUUUGAAACAAGCAACAAAGAUAAAGUGUAUGAACAAAAGAAGUUAUGAUCUUUGUGGAGAUGGAGAGUAGAUGUGUGUGCAUAGUGGAAAAGAGAAGUUUGCAGUAUGGCUCAGUGAUAUACAUCGGAAUAAAACUUUUGGUUAAGUUCC